ACCGCCAACGAAGAGAGAUAUCUGAACAAAGGCGUUUUCAAACAUACAAAGUUUACAUAUUCUCAGAUGAUGAUUCAAGUCCUAAAGGCGCUCAACCGCAUCGGUGACAUGCCGGACGGCUACGUAUCGACCUUUCACGAAUUUGUAGAUCAAUUGCAACCAGUCCAUGACCAAGUCAUUCUCUUACGAAAUCUUCUCAAGAGCAUCAAAGACGAGGGCAAUGAGCUUGAUGUUUCCGAAAAGUCUGCCGAUCCUGUCAAACACGUUCAAUCCGAGGAAUCGCGCAGCUCGCGCAAACUUGUGUCUGAACUCGGAACCGAACAUACAGAAAUAGUGUCCCCGAAUCUACCAACAGAUUCUGAACAUAAGCCAGAGCCAGUGUCUGAGCCCGCUUCUACGCCUAAGCCUGAGACUGAGGCUGAAGCGGAAGACGCACCCGUUUCAAAAGUCGCGUCUCUCGGGAUCGCGCCAUUUCCUCCGCCAAUUCUUCUUCCACCUCCAGUUGGGCUGCAGACCGAAAUUUACAAACCAUUGAACGAUACUCCUAUUGCGCCAGUGCCUUUCAGUGACCCAAUUGUCUACGAUCACUUCCGUCGCCCACCGACUCCACGACCAGCUAAUUGCCCGAUAUGGAAAUACAAUCUCCAGGAAAAGGGCCUAGUUGAUAUACACGUCGGCCAGGCAGAAAUUGACGCUUUUGCACGGGCAUAUCAGGGUAUCAAUGGAAUUGAAAUCAGUCUCCGAGCGCUGAUUACGCAGUGCGAGCUGUUAUACGACGAGUCUGGCGAUGCAGCGGCUCAGUUGAUCGAGUGGGAGAAUUUGCUUGCGGAUCAUGAACAUGAGUACAGACAUAGACAGGCGAUUAGCUCGAGCUCGGCUGGGGAAGAUUGGCCAAGCGAUGCGCCGAAUAUGUCGGAGACGGACUGAUUCUUCAUUUCCCUUCGCUUCGGGCCUCAAAAUAAAAGUACCAGCAUAGACUUUGCUUUGACGCUUGCUUUGCCCACGAGCAGAUUAUGAUCAAUUGGGAAGUUCAGCAUCACGCUACCUUCCUUCUGAUAUUAGAAGAAC